AUGUAUUCGUACAUUUCGCAUAUUUCCCAGGAGUUUAAUUGUAAGGAACUCGUAAAAUUUGUGAAACAAAGUGGCUUUGAGGAAAUUGUCGCGGAAGAACACAAGGCAAUUUUUUCCAAGCCGGCGGAUGGAACGUUUCAAGAAACUCAGAAGUUCGUAAACAUACGUCUGAACAGACUGAGGUACCCAAACUGUUUCAAUCACUCCAGAGACAAACUCCGAUGCACCUCACUAACUACGACCUGUGGCACACUGUCUGGAUGAACCACUCACGAAUCAUCGUCAUGCUUUGCGAGAAAACAGUUUUCAACCGCGAAACCUAUGACGCAUAUUGGUUUCACAUGAACGGAAGUCUCAAAUGCGAAAAAUUUGAAAUUACAACCAAGAAAAUAAAGGUUCAGUCAACGCACGUCUUAACAAUCCUCGAAGUGACUGAUGGAACUACUGCUAGUCAACAAGUGUUACAUUUUGCGUUCACUAUACGUGACCUGAUAUGGAGUUGCCGGCUAGUCCUGAGGACUUUAUCAACUUUGUCUUAGCUGUGAGGCAUAAUCAGAAGGAAAUCCAGGUGAGACUUACUCAAGAAGGCUGCAAGUAUUGUAGUCCUCCAAUUAUUGUGCAUUCUACAAUGGGAGUAGAAAGAUCUGCUGCUUUCUGUGCUAUCGAGACUGAAAUAUCGCGUUAUAAUAAACUUGGGGUUAUUUAUUUCCUUAGCAUCCACAGUGGCCCAAAUUCGGGAACAAAGACACAAUUCUCUCUCUCUAAUUUUGAUUAUUACCUUUUCUGUUAUAGAGUUUUAGCAAAGUAUGUCAAUUUAUUUCGCUCGGCAAAGGAUAAUAAUUUACAAAAACCCACAACUAGUCAUGUUGUGUCUUUAAUUAAAAAUUUUUCUGUUUCAAAAUUCUUUAAUUUUAAAGAUAAUUAA